GGGCUUACUGUGAGUCAUGAACAAGUUGCAAAGCAAAACUCCAAGGACAGAACGAAAAAGGCAAGGAUCAAAUAAGGCAACUCCUUCUGAAACUAACAGCAAGUAAACAACACCGGUCCGAGUAACGGUAGCAGCUCAGGCACGUAAGUAUAAAUGUCCGUGUGGUUUAUCCCAUCUUUAAAGCUUCACUGUCUACGUUGGCGUUUUCAAGAUGUUUGAGCCGCCAUAUCCUCCGUAUGAUCCAAAAGACAAGUCUGGCUUCAGGUAUGGUCACUUCACGCUAUCUGGAGUCCUCGUAGAUCUUGUGAACUUCAAUAUUUAGCUACGAGACUGUCGUGAAACGAUGGCCCGUAAUAUUAACUGGCAUCAUUGAUACCAUAUACCGGAUCGAUCAUCAUCUUGGUGUAUCUCUCGAAACUUCGGAUGCGACGAGUGAAGAUGUCACAAAAGGACAAGAAAAGAUUGCCGAAGGAAAAGGCAUUAUUGAAAAGAUUGGGAAGCUCAAGUAUGAAAUGGCGAGAGACAGGCCUCUAGAGCCGAUUCCCGAUGACGGCGAGGCGUUUAUUGAUGUGUACAAUGCUGAGCUCAAACGUUUAGAACAAGACAAGAACCAUACAUGGUUUACCGCGCCUUGGCUAUUCGCCGAGUGCUAUCUGUACGUAUUUCACCAUACUGUGCGAACGAUAUAUGAAUUAGUCUCAGAUAUCGUCUAUUGCGGUCAUAUUUCUGUCAGACAACGCAUUGGUGUACGUUUGAUCCUUUCUCGUUUCAGAAGGAAGAGACCUUCCGGUCGAGCGGAAAAGCAAUCUAUCGUAAUGCUCUGUCGACCGCUUUUCCCGUGGCGAUCUAACCUCACGUGUUCUCUUCAUGUAACAGAGCUCGCAAAGAUGAUGCAUGAACUUCAAGUAGAUAAACAGGAGCUUAUCGGCGACUCCGAGAAGCUGGGAGUGCUCUUCAAGGAAAUGAUUCAAAUGUGCUUGUGGGGAAACGCAACAGACCUAUCGUUGCUUACCCACCUCUCUCAUGACGACAUUGCGCAUCUACAAACGGUUGGGAAAGAGGCACAACAAGCCCGCAAAGAGUUCAUUUUGAAGGAUGAUCAAGAUAAUGUUUGGUCCCAUCUGACAAGCCUGCAGGACAACGAUGUUACUGUGGAUUUCGUCCUCGACAAUGCUGGAUUUGAGCUAUUCACGGACUUCGUCUUCGCGGACUUCUUGGUGACCUACACUCCACAUGUAUCUAGAGUCGUCUUCCAUCCGAAGCUUAUCCCUUGGUUUGUCUCAGACGUAACACCAGCCGACUUUUCCUCAACCAUCCCCAACCUUCUCUCCGACACUUUCUUCCCUCCCCCAAAACCUGUUGGUGGGACUGAAACUCCAGGCGUAGACGAGGUCAAGGCUCUUCCACCAAGUCGGCCCGAAGAACACGAGUACUUGAGGAACAUGGUCACCAGAUGGCAGUCGUAUAUCGAUUCGGGAGUCUUUUCGUUGAGUGUUCCUCUGGAUACUCCUUUGGGUGCUCCAAAUAGCAAGGCGGACUUUUGGACUUCAUCCCGGCCGUACUGGGACCUGAAAGAGAAAGCGCCUUUAGUGUUUAAUGGGCUCUCGAAGAGCGGUCUAGUGAUAUUCAAGGGCGAUUUGAAUUAUCGCAAGUUGACUGGCGACAUCAAAUGGCCAGUAUCAACGCCUUUCGAAACCGCCAUCGGUCCCCUGGCUGGAUCAUUCCCUAUCCUCAGUUUACGUACGAACAAAGCAGACGUAGUAGUUGGUAUUUCCCAAGAGAUUGCAGACAAGCUUGAUGUGGCUGGUGAGAAGUGGAGGGUAAACGGAAAGUACGCGCUGGUAUCGUUUGUUCCCAGAACGUGAAGUGGAAAACAGCAUGCAGCGAUGGAUAGAAGGGUCGUAACCAUAGACGAUUAGUUGACGUAUCGACACUACCGAUGAAUAUACCUACUAGAUAACGAAGCCAAGUGACGGUUGGGUGCAAUUAAUCCGGGUAUUGUGCGUCAGCUCAACACUUCGUCUGUACUUUGUAGAGUCUCGUACGAGACUGAAUUCAUAGAUCCUUUCCAUUUCUUGCAACCGAACAGACCGAAGUAUGUAAUUUGCUGCUUGCUUUUUGUACAUAAUCGCUUGCAAUAUGAUCUAUAGGCUUCAAGCCUAAUAACUUAGUUAUCUAAUUACAGUAAUCUAAGGCAAAUAUGCUCAUA